CGGGCGCGGGGCCGCGGCGGGAAGGGGUCCCCGAACGGCGAGUGCCGUCGCGGGGAACCGCCGCGCAGCCCCGGCCCGGAGCCGCCUCGCGAGCCCAAGGUCUCCUUCUCCUGCGGCGGCGGCGGCGCGUCCCCCGGCGGGGCCAAGGCGGCCGAGGAGGGCGCGGGCGAGGAUGCCGCCGAGGAGGUCCGCGGGAGCCAGGCCAGCUUCAUGCAGCGGCAGUUCGGGGCGAUGCUCCAGCCCGGCGUCAACAAGUUCUCGCUGCGGAUGUUCGGCUCGCAGAAGGCGGUAGAGCGGGAGCAGGAGCGCGUCAAGUCGGCGGGGGCCUGGAUCAUCCAUCCCUACAGCGACUUCAGAUUCUACUGGGACUUCACGAUGCUGCUCUUCAUGGUGGGCAACCUGAUCAUCAUUCCUGUGGGCAUCACCUUCUUCAAGGAGGAGACCACAGCACCCUGGAUCGUGUUCAAUGUGGUCUCUGACACCUUUUUCCUGAUGGACCUGGUGCUGAACUUCCGGACAGGGAUUGUCAUUGAGGACAACACAGAAAUCAUCCUGGACCCCGAAAGGAUCAAGAAGAAGUACCUCAAGACCUGGUUUGUGGUGGACUUUGUCUCCUCCAUCCCCGUGGACUAUGUUUUCCUCAUUGUGGAGAAGGGCAUAGACUCGGACGUCUACAAGACAGCCCGUGCCCUCCGCAUCGUCCGCUUCACCAAGAUCCUCAGCCUCCUGCGGCUCCUCCGCCUCUCCCGGCUCAUCCGCUACAUCCACCAGUGGGAGGAGAUCUUCCACAUGACCUACGACCUGGCCAGUGCAGUGAUGAGGAUCAUCAACCUCAUUGGCAUGAUGCUGCUGCUCUGCCACUGGGACGGCUGCCUCCAGUUCCUGGUGCCCAUGCUGCAGGAUUUCCCCCAGAACUGCUGGGUCUCCAUCAAUGGGAUGGUGAACGACUCCUGGAGUGAGCUGUACUCCUUUGCCCUCUUCAAGUCCAUGAGCCACAUGCUCUGCAUCGGCUAUGGGAAGCAGGCUCCCGAGAGCAUGACGGACAUCUGGCUGACCAUGCUGAGCAUGAUUGUGGGGGCCACUUGCUACGCCAUGUUCAUCGGCCACGCCACCGCCCUCAUCCAGUCACUGGACUCCUCCCGGCGCCAGUACCAGGAGAAGUACAAGCAGGUGGAGCAGUACAUGUCCUUCCACAAGCUGCCCGCCGACUUCCGCCAGAAGAUUCACGACUACUACGAGCAUCGCUACCAGGGCAAGAUGUUUGACGAGGACAGCAUCCUGGGGGAGCUCAACGAGCCCCUGCGUGAGGAAAUUGUCAACUUCAACUGCCGCAAGCUGGUGGCCUCGAUGCCGCUGUUCGCCAACGCAGACCCCAACUUUGUCACGGCGAUGCUCACCAAGCUGAAGUUUGAGGUGUUCCAGCCGGGUGACUACAUUAUCCGUGAGGGCACCAUUGGCAAGAAGAUGUACUUCAUCCAGCACGGGGUGGUCAGCAUCCUCACCAAGGGCAACAAGGAGAUGAAACUCUCUGAUGGCUCCUACUUCGGAGAGAUCUGCCUGCUGACCCGUGGCCGGCGCACGGCCAGCGUCCGCGCCGACACCUACUGCCGCCUCUACUCGCUCUCUGUGGACAACUUCAACGAGGUGCUGGAGGAAUACCCCAUGAUGAGACGGGCCUUUGAGACCGUGGCCAUUGACCGCCUUGACCGCAUCGGGAAGAAGAACUCGAUCCUGCUCCACAAAGUGCAGCACGACCUCAACUCAGGUGUCUUCAACAAUCAGGAGAACGAGAUCAUCCAGGAGAUCGUCAAGUACGACCGGGAGAUGGUGCAGCAGGCAGAGCUGCAGCAGCACACAGCUAUGUACAGCCCCGUCCAGCCCCAGGUCACCUCUGCCAUCGCCACCCUCCAGCAAGCCGUUGCCAUGAGCUUCUGUCCGCAGAUGGCGAGCCCGCUGGUGGGCUCCAUGGCUCUGGGCUCGCCCCGCAUGAUGCGCCGUUUGCAGUAUGCCCAGGCCGUGCCCAGCCCCUUCGCCGUCUCCCCUGUCCUGCUGCAGCAGAGCCCCCCACCGCAGCCUCAGCCCCCAACGCCCCACACCAACCCCUCGCCCUCGCAGGACCCGGCGCAGCCCACGGCCCUGCCCGCCUCCACCAGCGCCUUCGCCGCGGCCGUGGCCAGCCCGCCCACCCAAAGCCCGCUGGCCAGCCGGACGUUUGCCUAUGGAGGUGCCCCGGGCCCGCUGGGAUCCCAGCUGUCCCUCAGCCAGCAGCCAGCGCCCGGCUCGCCCCAGCGCCUGGCUGCCCACAAGAGCACACAGGCGCUGCACACCAGCAGCCUCAGCCAGGAUUCGCGGCCCCUCUCGGCCUCACAGCCCUCCCUGCCCCACGGGCUGGUGGCUGGCAGCACCCAGAGCCCUCCGGCCUCUGCCCGCGAGUCCUGCACCUCCAUCAGCGGGGGCCCGGCCACUGCCUCACCGGGCCCUGGGCCCCCGGCCGGGCUGCGGGGCCAGGCGGCCUCACGGGGGGCUCCGGCCCACCCGGCACCCACGGGCCCGGGGCUCACCCCGCCGCCCACCCUGCCACAGGACUCAGCCCGCAAGGAUUCAGCGGCCAGCACGCCCGACACGGACCCGGCCAAGUCCAGGCUGUCUUCCAACUUGUGA